AAGUCUAUAUAUAGCCAUAGCAUGUAUAUAGCCUGUAUACGCCCUGAUGAGGGGGUCUUGCAGAGAUGCUGUCAGCCACGGAACGGAUUAGAGUCCAUCGAUUUUUUUAUUAUUCCAGUUUCCGGCUGCUUUCUGUAAGUUGAAUUCGAUAUUAUUCACCAUGUAGUCUAUAAAGCCUAUACAGCAUGGAACAGGGAUUGUCAAUCGACUCAACAGCAGUCACUGUUGGGAGUGAAACCUGACCAGUCGUGGUUUGAAUUGAAUCAAUCGUUUUCAAAAUUGGCGCUGAAAUGAAAAACCCUUUUUAUUGGCUGGGCAUUUUCUUGGCGAUGGCGAGUGACCCCUCGAAUAAUAUCUCAUCAAUUUCACAAUUCGGUUUCUAUUUCGCCACUGUUGCUGGCCAAGAACAUGAUCACGGAGGAAAUCUAGUUGUAGCCGGUGCUCCAGUAAGAUUAGGCUAUAUAAUGUGUUUCCAUGACCAGCACACACUUUUUCAAAUUGAAAACAAAAAAUGUGGUCAAAUUACUUGUCCUUGUUUUCUUUUGCGCUUAUUCGAUUACAAACAUACUCAAAUUUUGAUUAUUUUUUUUUUUUGUUUUUUGUUUUUGCUGGAAAUUUUACACUGGCGAUGGAAAUUCAAGCUGCCAGUAUCACUGGAGAUAAAGCGGAAUGCGACUGGACACAUUGUCGAUCUGUCGGGCGUUUCGGCGUUGAUGCUCGAUUGGCUCACACGUCGCUACAAAUUAAAUUACACAAUCCUCCAGGUCAACGAUUCCGUUCUGGAGCCGGGAGGUGCCAUCCAAAGUCAUCCAGGCCUCAUCAGUUACGUCGUCAAUGGACAAUGCGAUGUAAUUAUGGCGGCCAUCCGGCUGUCUCCAGAUCGAUUCCGCCACCUGGAUUUCAUCCAUCCGUGGAUGUACGCUCGAUCGGCCUUCUUGAUCCCCAUGCCCGGAGAGUCGAAAAAUAAUAUCCUGGCCGUCGUCAAACCUUUUCAUUAUUGGGUUUGGAUCGCUUUAAUUGGGUCGCUCGUUUCCGUUAUCGCGACGUUGUUCUACUUCAGCCGAAUUCACUUUGCCACCGCAACAGAGACGGAAGGCGGAUCGCAACCAGUUGCCGGAUCGGUUUCCUUGAAUCAAGUUGUCGCUUACGUCCUGGGAACCCUGUUGAGUCAAGGCGGCAGUUUCACUAGCGGAUCGAAUCCUUUCAAGAUCCGGUUGGUGACGGGGGCCUGGUGUCUCGUGACUCUGGUCCUCGUCAACGUCUACAACGGCAUUUUGAUUUCGUACGUGACGUCCAAUCCGCGCGAGAGGCCGCUGGUCGACAGUCCCGACGAUCUCCUGGCCAACCGCAACAUUCACCUGGUGGUGGAAAAGGGCCAGGGUGCCGAUUUCAUUUUUUCGACAGCCGAGAGUGGCAUGUUCAAAGCGCUGGGCGAUAAACUGAGAGCCUAUCCGAAAUCGCGAUGCUUGGCCACCGAGCAGUGCAUCGACCUGGUGAAAUCCCAACCCUAUCAGCACGUCUAUUUCAACACAAGAGUCGUCCUGUUGGCCGUUUUGCGCCAGGAUUUCCGCAAGACGGGCCAGUGCAAUUUGGUGCAGGCUGCCGAGCGCUACUCAGACAACACGGCCUUCUGUUGGGGACUCACCAAAAACAGUCCCUACACGGAAAGGUUUAACAGAGGGGUCAUGUCGAUGCGCGAAGUUGGACUGAUGGGCCUGUGGGAGAGGUGGCACGAGCCGGACGUCAGGCCGUGUGACCUGCAAAAUCACCACAGCAGCCAGACAAAUAAGAAGAAGAAGAAAAAGAAGCAAAAGAAGCCGCUAGUUCGUUUGACGUUGAUCAAUUUGAACGGGGCGUUUGUCUUGCUGGGUCUCGGUUACGUCAUCUCCUUCCUCGCAUUCCUCAAAGAAAGAAUUCGAUUCCGCAUCAUUAGAAUAAUAUAAACAGCUAUAGCGCCUUUUGUGUUUGACCGCAGCCCCUCUUGGAUGUUGAAUCCCGUUCUGCGCAUCAUUAAUAAUCUAAAGAUGUAUUUGAAAAAUGUUUGUCUUGUCAUUUCUAUACACUUUCGACGCGA